AGGUCAGACACCUGAAGCAGAGUCUUGUACUUGCUACAUGUAACCUCUGCAACCUGUUCCAGAGGGCCAAGGUACAAUGAACAAGUGUUGCAAUAAAAGUGCCUGGCUUUCUUUGUGUCAACACCACUGAAAUGCUGGAAGAAGGUAUACUUUGAUGUGGGCAGUAGAGUUCCUUCGGGAACGUGUGCAUGGAGAAGUUUCAGGAGGCUUUCAGUUGCUUCUCUUGAAGCGUCAUGGCGAAUGCUGUGCCCCAUGAUUAGGAGAAGGCUUUCUGCUACUGUAACUUUUGAGCCCGGGUACAAUGGUUGGUCCUGUGACAGAGGAGAAACAGUUUCAUUUUAUACAAAAAAAUUCAACCUGCCUCACUUACACAUUGCGUAAAUCAAAACUGAACUUAUAAUAGCCUGCCUUAAUAGGCUAGUGAAAACAAGCUUUAAUAGGUCCUAAAUUACAAUGUUUUCAUUGUUUUCGGAUAAUUUCAUGUUCCUAAUUUAUAACAGUUGCUUCUGGACUAUGUAUUUGUACGUACGUGAGACUACUACAGCCUAUAAUCAACUCAAACAGCUGCAUACGGUGACUGUCUGUUUGCUACCUACUACAAAUAGUGUUUCGUUACCACUGAAAGCUCAACUAAUUGUUAAAAAUGAACAUGAAACUUCUUUCCCUCAUUUCGGGAUUUUUUUUCUUGUGUCCACAUUAUAAUGUUUAUCCUUCAUUUCAUCUGCCAUGUAACCUGAACUCACGUUAAUUCUAACGGCUUGGAGCCAAAUAUUUCUGUAUGUUACCCGACAUUGAGUCAUAUAAAAUUGGAGAUGAAAUAAGAACCUAAUUUCAGUAACGUAAUAUACGCGAUAGGGUUUGAUUACCCAAAGCAAAACUUAGGCUAUACGGCUGGGUACCGUUCAUUAAAAAAAAGUUUAGAAUCUUACCAGGUCAGCGUUCGUCUCCGGCGGUGUGCUAUCUGGUUCUUCGCCUCCUGCUGCUUCGUAUAGUUCACUUUCAAUUGAGCUAUCGAAGUUAUCAGUGCUGCACUGAGUCUCCAGUGUGUCUAAAUUCUGUUCACAUGACUCAUCAGAAUCCACAAGGACGCCUUCAUCCUGUAAAGGAUCGGGACGGAGCGAUAGCGCUUCACAGCUCUCACGGGUCGUCUCUACCUGGGAGCACGUUCGUAAACGUUCUGCAGAGUCCGCAGAGCGGUGUCGUGGAGAUCCGUCAGCACCGUCAGUAGCAGCUGAUGUCUUGGCACGAUGUUUUGACCGAACCGGAACUUCAGCGUCCGAAUUCCAAAGAUAUUCGUUAUAUUUUCUUUUUGGUGCCAUACCCACGCGUUGCAUAGACAAUACGGGCAAACGGCUGUGGCGGCUAUGGCUUAGCUAGGCUAGGCUACGAAAGAUGUCAAUCUUUGUUUCAUUUUUUUAGUUCGUUUUGUGGCUUUUCUGCAAUAUGACAAAUAAUUUUAGAAAAACAUCAUCUCUUUUAUAUGUCCUUCUAAACACGAUGACUUAAAUUUUUAUCAACUUUAUAAGUUGGUACUUUCAAAUUAUGCGUGUUUGCGCGUAUGUGCCACCGUGUUAGGGUGUCUCGAUAGCAGCGCCAAUGUUCCGCAGGGCUUGGUAUCAAGUAUUGAGGCAGGCCUAUAGGCGACGUUUUCCCAAGCUCCUUGCAUUGUACACGUGCGUACUUUGUUUAUGUAAUUUUUUUCUUACUUCGGAGCGGCAAUAUUGAACGAUGACGCACGUGCUAGUCAAGUGGAUUACAGAAGAGUCGUGGGACGUGUAUCCCAUACGCGCCAUCGUAGACGCGCAGCUGGGGUUCCGACUGAUGACGGAAGAAAAUUAUAUUGAUCAGGUCCGGGGCAACAUUGUUGCGAUAAAGUGGAUUGCUGACUCGCCGCCAGCGGAGGCAGAGCUGCUCGAUUUCGGCGUGCUGAAGUCCAUGGAGAAAAAAAGGACACAGCUCGUCAAAGCGGCCCUGCAGCGAAGGGGUGAUCAGCCACUGGGACUGGAGAUGACAAAAAGAAAGUAUGAAGCCGGGUGCGACUGCGAGUGCGAGGCCUCAAGAAAGGUCAUCUUGUUAGAGGCCCAGGUUCAAGACCUGACCGAAAAACUUCAAGCGGCCAAUGACAACCUUGACUCCUUUGCCAUGCUCAAACGAGCAAAAAAAGCUAGUGAGAAAGUUGGAGAACCUGACGGAGGCGCCCAAGGUCACGCAAGUGGUGCAGGCCGAGCAAAUGGACAUCGGAGGAGGUGUGCUUGUGGAAAAAACUGUGCUCAACCGCCUCCAUGCACACUGCAAUGGCCUGCCCACAAAAUUUGCCCGCAAUUUGUUGCGGCACGUCUUUGGGGACGAGGAGUUGCGGGGCAAGUCCCUGUACGGGAAAGGUUCGAACUCCAACAAAGAUGGCCCGUUGAAAAAGGUCCUUGACCCUUUGAGGCUGAACGCAGUCAUAGGUAUGUAAUAGUUUAAAACCACAAAGACACCGUACAUAAAAAGGUGAUCCGUGUCUGUAGAA